AUGAGCUCGGGAACGCCGUACAUCGGGAGCAAAAUCAGCCUGAUCUCCAAGGCGCAGAUCCGCUAUGAGGGCAUCCUGUACACCAUCGACACCGAGAACUCCACUGUGGCCCUGGCCAAAGUACGAUCCUUUGGGACCGAAGACCGUCCAACUGAUCGUCCAGCGCCCCCUCGUGAAGAGGUGUAUGAAUAUAUCAUCUUCAGGGGUAGUGACAUCAAAGAUAUUACAGUGUGUGAGCCCCCUAAGGCCCAGCAUGCCUUGCCCCAGGAUCCAGCCAUUGUCCAGUCGUCAUUGAGCUCGGCUUCAACAUCGUCCUACCAGUCAUCCGUGCCUUACAGUCCGUUCCGUGGUAUGCCAUCGUAUGGCCAGCUUGCCGCUUCCUCUCUCCUUAGCCAGCAGUAUGCCGCAUCCUUGGGCCUUGAGAAGCUGGUAAGUCCUUCGGCCUCAGCCGCGGAAUCCAGCUCCUCAUCUUCCCCAUCUCCGCAGCCUGCCCUGCCGGAUCCCGACAUACUGGCGGAGCCACCGCACCUCGCCGCAAAGGGAGGUGGCUUCCCAUCUGUCCCAGUACGGAAGAGUCCAAUGGUGAGUGUGGAACAAGCAGUUCAGACUGGUCCAGUGGAGAAUCUGGCACAGAAGAAGGUGCAGCCGCCCAAAGGACCCCCUAUAAGCCAGCGUGGGAACAGACCAGGCCAGGCACCAGCACCACCUGCACAGAUUAAUGUACCAGCUCCUGCCACACAGGUACAGAAUACAGUGAAUGACGAGAACAGACGACCCCCCAGACGGAGAUCAGGUAACAGACGGACAAGGAACCGUUCUCGGGGUCAGAACCGCCCAACGACUGUCAAGGAGAACACAAUCAAAUUUGAUGGAGAUUUUGAUUUUGAGAGCGCGAAUGCUCAAUUUAACCGCGAGGAACUGGACAAAGAAUUCAAAGACAAGCUUAACUUCAGAGAUGACAAGCCGGAGAAGGAAGGGGAUGAGAAGGGAGAUUCUGGUGUGGAGACCCAAAAUAGUGAUGGAAACCCUGAGGAGGACCCUUUGGGGCCCAAUAUUUACUAUGACCGGUCAAAGUCAUUCUUCGAUAACAUUUCCUCAGAGAUGAAAUCCAGACGAACUACAUGGGCAGAGGAGAAAAAGCUGAACACUGAAACCUUUGGGGUCUCCGGAAGAUUCCGUAGAGGACGCAGUUUCCGUGGAGGCUUCAGAGGAGGUAGGGGUGGUGCAGUUCCUCGAAGAACCCAGGCAACGCAGAGGGCUGGCACUGGGAGAGUGUGAAGACCUCUGCAACCACAAUGGACAGAAAAGGGGGUUCUCGCGUCCCUGACCGACCUGUCUUCCAUAAGUUUUCUUCCCUGACGCAUUGUAGCAGUCCUGUAACCCUGCACCAGGCAGGCUUGAAUCCUGCCAUUGCUUUUCAU